UUGUCGUCUUCGUUCAACUUACCUUUGUAAGUUUUUUAAGAGCGAGAAAGAAUAUAAAAAAACAACAAAAAAAAAAUACGCAUUCGCUUCCGUAUAACAGAGAAAAGACGGAGGCUCCGACAUUCUACUUCAUCAUCAUCUGCUAAGUGUCCGAAGUUUCGGAUUUUCCUGCAGAUUAGACUUUCUGCGAAUUUCUUAAUCAUGUCUCAGAGCCAGAACAGUUGGGAAGCUGAUAAAAUGUUGGAUGUGUAUAUAUAUGAUUACCUUAUGAAGAGAAAAUUACAUGCUUCUGCAAAGGCAUUUCAAGCUGAAGGAAAAGUUGCUACGGAUCCUGUAGCUAUUGAUGCACCUGGCGGCUUUCUUUUCGAAUGGUGGUCUGUCUUUUGGGACAUAUUCAUUGCUAGGACGAAUGAGAAGCACUCAGAAGCAGCUGCAUCUUACAUCGAGACUCAAGCAAUAAAGGCUAGGGAGCAGCAGCUUAUAUUACAGAGACAUGCUCAGCAGCAGCAGCAGCAGCGACAGCAGCAGCAGCAGCAGCAGCAGCAACAGCAGCAGCAGCAGCAGCAGCGUCGAGAUGGGACCCAGCUUCAUAAUGGCACUGCUAAUGAUUCUCUUUUGAGACAGAACCCUGCAACUGCAAAUUCUAUGGCAACAAAAAUGUACGAGGAGAGAUUAAAGCUUCCAACUCAGAGGGAUGCUAUGGAUGAUGCAGCUAUCAAGCAAAGGUUAGGCGACAAUAUGAGUCAGCUUUUGGAUCCCAAUCAUGCCUCGAUGAUGAAAGCAACUACAGCAGGUGGCCAGCCUCCUGGUCAAAUGCUGCAUGGCCCAACUGGUGGUGUGUUGGGGAAUCUUCAACAACCUCACAGUCGGAGUCAGCAACUUCCUGGUUCUUCACAGGACAUAAAGAGUGAGAUGAUGAAUCCCAGAGCUGUUGCUUCAGAAGGAUCAUUGAUUGGCGCUCACGGAUCAAAUCAAGGUGGUAACAAUUUGACUCUGAAAGGAUGGCCUUUAACGGGAUUUGAUCGGCUUCGAUCUGGGAUUCUUCAGCAGCAAAAUCCUUUGAUGCAGUCCCCGCAACCCUAUAAUCAACUUCUGCAACAGCAGCAACUUAUGCUAGCACAACAAAAUUUACCUUCUCCAUCUUCCAAUGACUUGGACAGUAGAAGGAUGAGAAUGCUUCUCAACAAUCGAAAUAUGGUUCUUGGGAAAGAUGGUCAAUUAAGUUCUGUUGGUGUACCUAAUGCUGGAUCACCAGUGCAAGUUGGUUGCCCGGUCUUACCUCGUGGAGAUGCUGACAUGCUUAUGAAGCCAGCUUAUCAGUUACAGCAACAGCAGAUGCAAAGCAACAAUCAACAGCAGCAGCAGUAUUUGCAGCAUCCGCUUUCAAGUCAGCACUCUCAUAAUUCAAGCCAACACCUCCAGCAGCAUGAAAAAAUUAUGGGUUCUGGUGGCAUGGCACCAGAUGGUAGCAUGCCUAACACCUUUCAAGGGAAUGAUCAGGCUUCAAAGAAUCAACUUGGGCGAAAGAGAAAGCAGCCAGUGUCAUCUUCGGGUCCUGCCAAUAGUUCAGGGACGGUUAACACCACGGGACCAUCUCCCAGUUCACCUUCAACGCCUUCUACUCACACAGUGGAUGGCGUGUCUAUGCCGACUUUACCCCCUAAUGGUGGUUCGUCGAAGUCUGUACUUAUGUUUGGCUCUGAUGGCUUGGGCUCACUUGCAUCGGCGCCAAAUAAAUUGACUGAUGUAGACCGUUUUGUGGAUGAUGGAUCUUUGGAGGAUAAUGUUGAAUCGUUCUUAUCGCAUGAUGAUGCUGACCCUAGAGGUAGAGUUGCUCAGUGUUCAGAUGUUGGCAAAGGCUUCAGUUUUACGGAAGUCCAGCUUAUUCCUGCAAGUAAAAAUAAAGUUGAAUGUUGCCACUUCUCUUCGGAUGGAAAAUCACUUGCCACUGGUGGGCAUGACCGAAAGGCUGUAUUGUGGUGCACUGAAACCUAUAGUGUCAAGUCCACACUUGAAGAGCAUUCUCAAUGGAUAACUGACGUUCGCUUUAGUCCUAGCAUGUCAAGGCUUGCUACAUCUUCUGCAGAUAAAACCGUCCGGGUUUGGGAUGCUGAUAAUCCUGGAUAUUCGCUUCGUAAUUUUGUGGGACAUUCUACCACUGUUGAGUCGGUGGACUUCCAUCCCAGUAAAGAGGACCUUCUCUGCUCUUGUGAUCACAACAUUGAGAUGCGGUACUGGAGUAUCAAGAAUGGUAGUUGUGCAGGAGUUUUCAAGGGUGGUGCAACUCAGGUGAGGUUUCAACCUCGUUUUGGAAGAAACCUUGCUGCUGCAGCAGAUAAUUUUGUAUCAAUCUUGGAUGUUGAGACACAAGUUUGCAGGCUUAAAUUACAGGGACAUAAAAGCGGUGUACAUUCUGUGUGCUGGAAUCCUUCUGGCGAGUAUCUAGCAUCAGUGAGUGACGAUUUGGUUCGAGUGUGGACAGUUGGUUCCAGCUGCAAAGGGGAAUUCAUUCACGAGUUGAGCUGUUCCGGCAACAAAUUCAAUACGUGUGUGUUCCAUCCGACUUAUCCUGCAUUGUUGGUCAUUGGCUGUUAUGAGACUUUGGAGCUUUGGAACAUGGCCGAGAACAAGACAAUGACUCUGCACGCUCAUGACAAGCUAGUGUCUUCUCUGGCGGUAUCAAAUGCUACGGGGCUAGUUGCUUCAGCCAGCCACGACAAGUGCGUCAAGCUCUGGAAGUGACAUGGUAGUACCUUUUCCUCACCGCAUCUUGAAGGAGUCGGCAUUUAGAUGCUUUAGUUGUUUAUAUGUUUGCUGUGCACGAAAGAAGUGGUUAAGCUUAACCAACCCAAGUUAACUGAUAGAAGAAUUUUGUUGCGUCGAGCCUAACUGCGAUGUCAAAACAAACUCGAUCGAAAGAAUCUCGUUCAACUUAAAAGGGGCCUACAACGUAAAUAUAUUUCGGCCAGACGAAGCGUAAAUGAAGGCUUCUUAAAGAUUGCGCAA